AUGUUACUUGCGGUAGCAUGCGAAAGUAACGCAAAUGAACGCUUUCCCAUAAAAGGCAUAGACUCGCAAGAAACUGAGGUGGGUCCUUUAAUGGACUAUGUGGUCAUCACUAAUUACAUCGUUGGUGCCAAUAACGAAACUGCUGGAGGGUAUAGCUGCCAAGUAGAUUACAUUGAUUAUCACGGUUAUCCUGGUAACAUCACUGCCGCUACAAAGCAACUUAAAUUAAAAUAAUCUGGGCAAAGUGACAACAAUUGAC